GGAGGAGGAGGAGGAAGUGGUGCAGCGGGCAGUUCAAGUCCACAGCAGUUCUGCCUUCGAUGGCAUAAUCAUCAGGCAAGUCUGCUGAGCUCACUGCCGAUCCUGCUGGACCAGUCACACCUGACGGAUGUGACGCUGAUGGCGGAAGGACAGAAAAUCAAGGCGCACCGCGUAGUGCUGAGCGCUUGUAGUACGUUCUUCUCCGAGCUUUUCCGCACGCUGGACGGUGCCCAGUACCCGGUGGUGGUGCUACCCGGUGCAUCCUACCACGCCGUAGCCGCCCUCAUCACCUUCAUGUACUCGGGCGAGGUGAAUGUGUACGAGGCGCAAAUCUCCGUUCUUCUCUCGCUCGCCGAAACGCUCGGCAUAAAGGGGUUGGCGGAUUUCAAUAGCAAUCCCCAGAAAUCGACGACACCCUCGACCGAAGCAUCCUCUUCGCGGGACUCCGAAGUACCGUCACCAUACCACACGAUGAAGGUGUCCUCCCCGAUCGAUAGUUUCUUUCCGCGGCCGUACAGCUCCUUCGCCGGUUCGCAGGUGUUCCCACAGGCACUAAAUCUGGCCACCAAUGCGAACGGUGCUGCGGCGAAUGGUUGCCCGACACCGGCACACAACAGUAGCAGCUCCGGUAACCAUGGUAACGACGCUAACACUAGCAACGGUGUUGGUGGUGCUGUAGUGAGUAACGCAUCCACGUCUAAGCCCACCUCAGCAUGCGAUCUCUUUGGACGCUUUCACGUGGAUCGGAGUGAGCUGACGGCCGAAACGAUCUGGAAAAUGAACCAUCUGGCCGAGGAUGUGCUAAUGAAGGAGAAGCAAAACCAGCUGCAUCGCUCGAGCACCCCGAUUCGUGCCCAUCAGCAGCAGCAGCUGCAGCAGCAACAGGACGGUGCUCCAAGUAGCAGCCGCUCGACGGUAGAUGGUUUCGUAGGAUCACAUGUCGGCAAUGGGAGUGAUAACGGCAAGGAGUGUAAACUCACCAAUGGGCCCUUGUUUCUCGAUUAUGUCAAGCUGAAGGAGGAAGAUCUGUCCGAUACGAUGCUCAGCCAAUCGUACGGUUCCGUGCGAUCGACACCCACUCCCCAGACACCGGGCGUAGAGGAAACGACGGGACGAUCCACGGGGCAUGCGACCACUGCCCGCAAACCCCAAGCCGGUGCGCAGGAAAAUGCAACAAACAAGCGGAAAAAGAUUGAGAAAAUAGCGGAAAAUUUACGAUCGCAGAACAACUGCAGCACGGAAAGUGCGUACGCCGCGCUUCCGCUGCUCGAGAAGCAGCUGUACGAAUCGAUUAAGCAAUCGGCGGUCGUUGCAGCGGCUGCUGCCGCCAAUGCCAAGCUGCUGCCGAUGCAGUUCUACAACAAACCGCCCACCGUGACGCCGGUCAGUAACACCACGAACCCCUACCUGGCGCACCACUUUCUGACGAACGAAAGUGCCUCGAAGACGCCGGAAAACUUCAGUCUCGAGUCUUCGCAUCCAAAUGCGGCCUCCAAUACGAACACGCGCGCCUCACCGAUUACGGCGGCUACGACGAUCGCGACCGCAUCAUCACCAUCGACGCCCGGCUCGCUACACCCACUGGUACCAUCGCCAAGUGGAGCUGGUGGUGCGGCCUCUGCCAACCACAACGAGCAGCUAAUCAAAAGCCUUCACUUUGCCUCGCACGCGCAAAUGGGAAGUAUAAACUCGGUCACCCAACAACAGCAACAGCAGCAGCAGCAGCAACAGCAACAACAGCAGCAAAGGCCACCAUCAUCGAAGUUGUACGCAAUGUGUAGCAUCUGCAAUAAGCAGCUCAGCAAUCAAUACAACCUGCGUGUGCAUUUGGAAACCCAUCAGAACGUUCGGUACGCCUGUCAGGUGUGUUCGCACGUUUCGCGAAGUAAGGAUGCGCUGCGCAAACAUGUGUCCUAUCGUCAUCCGGGCACGCCCAGCCCCUGCGAUCCGGAGACGAAACGGAAGCGCACCAAAACCAACUCCUACAGCCAGUUGAACAAGCACGGAGACGGAGUAGGUGGUCCAACCGAGCAGCAAACGACAAUGCUGCAGGGCCAGCAACAACAGCAACAACAGCAACAUGCAUCCAAUCUGCUCGCCAACCUUACGUCACAAGCCAGCGGCAUACCGACGUUGCUGCAGGCAGCCUCGUUACAGUCGGCAUUCGCGGCUCAGCAAAAAUCGGCCGCACUCCUCUACAAUCAAACGACAGCUGGAACAGCCUCGGUGUUAACUGCUACGAUCACUGCUGCCAGUAAUGCACCCACAAACUCUUCUACUACGGCGGAACCGGCGGGUUCGGUGGGAGUGGUGACCACAAGCAGCGGCUUUACACCGAGUACACCCAAACUGGAGGAGCCCGAUCAGAAACCGGACCUGGCGGAGGAGAAAGCAGUGUUGGAGGAAGCCAACAAUACAACGGCCGUGAAGAAAUCGGACAAAGACAUUUAAAAUCGCCCAGACGCGCUUAGAAGGACAACAGGGGAAGAACAAGAACAUGAAAAAAGACCGAGCUCGAUGGAACAAAAUUCAACCGGCCCCGUUUGGUGGUGCCCCUUGAAUUACACUGAAAAAGACAUUAGAUUUAAAGGAUUUUUAUCGAUAUUUUGCACUAAUAGUCACACUUUGUUACCCCUGCUCCCUACCGAUCCCCUAUCGAAUCGUCCGUCCCCGCGAGAACUGACAAGCCUGACAAUCUGACCAAAAGAGGAAGAAAAAAUAUGCUCGAACUUUGCCGAUCCUUAUUCGAACAGUACCAAACGAUUGCUUUCGAUCAAUAUUUAGUUAUAGUUUGUUUGACUUUAUGUUCAUUUCGUUCGUUCCUUUUACUUCAUCUUGUUCCCUAGCUGUGAUAGUAAGACAAUAUUUUGUAUAGACCAUUAAUCUCUGAGUAAGACCCCAUUCUGGACCGGCCCGGUUCGGCUUGCGGCGUAACGGGAAGCCAUAGCGCAAUCCACGGCAGACUGCUAUUUUUUGUGUUUAACUCUCUUCAAAAGCUUUGUUACAAGUAGACCACCGAGUAGUGCCUUGAAUGGAAGAGUAUUGGCAGCAGUUUGGUGCCUUCGAGUAGACCUAGACA